GAAGAGAGGAAAGGGUGAUGCACCGGUUCUACUCACUUUCACGGAAGGUCGGAUCAGUUAGGCACAAUCGGACCCAGGGAAAGCAGCUUCCCCUCAAGGGCGGAGAAGUCCGGUCACUUUUAAAGCGCCCUUCCUGCCCAGAGCCCGGAGAAGUAAGGGGUGUGAAGGCGGAGCCACUGGACUGGCGACACCCUCCCGACGGACCAGCCCUCGCCCGCUUUCCUACCACCUUAGGGAGUUGGCAUGGGAAGCGGGAUCACCCUCUCAAUGAAAGGCAGAUGUCCCUUUAAGGUUUGCUUUGCAGCCGGUGGACUUUAGCCUAAACACGGACCCGCGAAGCUGGCUUUAUUUGUCCAUGUCUCGGACAGAGCCUGGGAGGCUGCCAGUGGGUUUUCAGAGACCAAGAGUGCGAAGGGGCGGGCGAUGUGGCAUUCCAUCUGGGAUGUGAAAAGCGUGGAGAGGACUUAGGCGCAUUCAACAACAACACAGGAAAUCACUCCUCCGCCACUCCUGGGCGCUUCGGCCAGCCGGGGCCAGGAUCUGAGACCGGCGGCCAGGAUCUGAGACCCGCCGCAGACCUCGGAGUGGCCCAGAGCGCGCGGCUCCCGCGCCCGGCCCUUUGCCCGCCCAGCCCGCGAGUAUCCCUGGGCGCAGCAGCCGCUCGGGCCAUGGCCCCCGGACGCCGCGCCAGCCCAGGGGUCGCUGUCGCCUGCAGCUGGCUCCUCACCGUUGUUCUAGGCUUCUGCGUAUCAUUCAACGUUGAUGUGAAAAAUUCAAUGACUUUCAGUGGCCCGGUGGAGGACAUGUUUGGAUAUACUGUUCAGCAAUAUGAAAAUGAAGAAGGAAAAUGGGUGCUUAUUGGUUCUCCUUUAGUUGGCCAACCCAAGAAUAGAACUGGAGAUGUCUAUAAGUGUCCAGUUGGGAGAAGUGAAUCAUUACCUUGCAUAAAAUUGGAUUUACCAGUUAAUACAUCCAUUCCCAAUGUCACAGAAGUAAAAGAGAACAUGACGUUUGGAUCGACUUUAGUCACCAACCCAAACGGAGGAUUUCUGGCAUGUGGACCCUUAUAUGCCUAUAGAUGUGGACAUUUGCAUUAUACAACUGGAAUCUGUUCUGAUGUCAGCCCCACAUUUCAAGUCGUGAACUCUAUUGCCCCUGUACAAGAAUGCAGCACUCAACUGGACAUAGUCAUAGUGCUUGAUGGCUCCAACAGUAUUUACCCCUGGGAAAGUGUUACAGCUUUUUUGAAUGACCUUAUUAAAAGAAUGGAUAUUGGUCCUAAACAGACACAGAGGAAUUCCAGCCUGCCAGGGUUGGCUUCAUGGAGUUGCAUGUAUUUCUUGGAGGGAACAAUAACUCUAUUCAAAGGAAUGAGGACCUGUUCUCAGCAUUCAGAUGCUACCAGUGAAUGGAUCUCUGACAAGAGUGAUAUCAGCAUUGGAGGACAGAAGGUAGACACCGACCCCUUGUGUCACUUGGAAAUAGGGUUGACGAUAAAAUUACUCCAGAGACGUGGCCUCCAGACCAUGACAGCCCUUGGAAUAGACACAGCAAGGAAAGAAGCUUUCACAGAAGCCCGGGGUGCCCGAAGAGGGGUUAAAAAAGUCAUGGUUAUUGUGACGGAUGGUGAAUCCCAUGACAACCAUCGACUGCAUAAGGUCAUCCAAGACUGUGAAGAUGACAACAUACAGCGGUUUUCCAUAGCUAUUCUUGGCAGCUAUAACCGAGGAAAUUUAAGCACUGAAAAAUUUGUGGAGGAAAUAAAAUCAAUUGCAAGUGAGCCCACUGAAAAGCAUUUCUUCAACGUCUCUGAUGAAUUGGCUCUAGUCACUAUUGUUGAAGCUCUGGGAGAAAGAAUAUUUGCCCUGGAAGCUACAGUUGACCAGUCAGCAGCUUCCUUUGAAAUGGAAAUGUCUCAGACUGGCUUCAGUGCUCAUUAUUCACAGGAUUGGAUUAUGCUUGGAGCAGUAGGAGCCUAUGACUGGAAUGGGACAGUCGUUAUGCAGAAGGCUAAUCAAAUGGUAAUCCCCCAAAACACCACCUUUAAUGUCAAGUCCACCAAAAAGAAUGAACCUCUUGCUUCUUAUUUAGGUUACACUGUAAACUCGGCCACUGUUUCUGGAGAUGUGCUUUACAUUGCUGGACAGCCACGAUACAAUCACACAGGCCAGGUGAUCAUCUACAGGAUGGAAAAUGGGGCUAUCAAGAUUCUCCAGACAGUCAGUGGAGAGCAGAUUGGUUCCUAUUUCGGCAGUGUUUUAACAACCAUUGACAUCGAUAAAGAUUCAAAUACUGACAUUCUUCUGGUUGGGGCCCCCAUGUACAUGGGAACAGAGAAAGAGGAGCAAGGAAAAGUGUAUGUGUAUGCUCUGAAUCAGACAAGGUUUGAAUAUCAAAUGAGCCUGGAACCCAUUAAGCAGACUUGCUGUUCUUCUCUGAAGCACGAUUCAUGCACAAAGGCAAACAAAAACGAGCCGUGCGGGGCUCGUUUUGGAACAGCUAUUGCUGCUGUAAAAGAUCUUAAUCUUGAUGGAUUUAAUGACAUCGUGAUAGGAGCUCCUCUGGAAGAUGAUCAUGGGGGUGCGGUAUACAUUUAUCAUGGAAGCGGCAAGACCAUAAGGAAAGAAUAUGCACAACGUAUUCCAUCAGGAGGGGAUGGCGAGACACUGAAAUUUUUUGGCCAGUCUAUCCACGGAGAAAUGGAUUUAAAUGGUGAUGGGCUGACUGAUGUGACUAUCGGGGGCCUUGGUGGUGCUGCCCUCUUCUGGUCCCGAGAUGUGGCUGUAGUUAAAGUGGCCAUGAACUUUGAACCAAAUAAAGUGAAUAUUCAGAAGAAAAACUGUCGCGUUGAGGGAAAGGAAACAGUGUGCAUAAAUGCUACAGUGUGUUUUCAUGUGAAGUUAAAGUCCAAAGAAGACACUAUUUAUGAAGCUGAUAUGCAGUACCGUGUCAUACUAGAUUCACUAAGACAGAUAUCACGAAGUUUUUUCUCUGGAACUCAAGAGAGAAGGAUUCAAAGAAACAUCACAGUUCGAGACUCAGAAUGCACUAAGCACUCCUUCUACAUGUUGGACAAGCAUGACUUUCGGGACUCUGUGAGGAUAACCUUGGAUUUUAAUCUUACUGAUCCAGAAAGUGGACCUGUUCUUGAUGAUUCUCUACCAAACUCAGUACAUGAAUAUAUUCCCUUUGCCAAAGAUUGUGGAAACAAGGAAAAAUGUAUCUCAGACCUCACGCUGGAUGUAUCCACAACAGCAAAGGAUCUGCUUAUCGUCAAGUCCCACAAUGAUAAGUUCAAUGUUAGCCUAACAGUCAAAAAUAAAAAGGAUAGUGCCUAUAACACCAGAACAAUAGUGCAUUAUUCUCCAAAUCUAAUUUUUUCAGGAAUUGAGGCUAUCCAAAAAGACAGUUGUGAAUCAAAUCGUAACAUCACAUGUAAAGUUGGAUAUCCUUUCCUGAGAAGAGGAGAAGUGAUAACUUUCAAAAUAUUAUUUCAGUUUAAUUCAUCUUACCUCAUGGAAAACGUGAUCAUUCAUUUAAGUGCAACAAGUGACAGCGAAGAACCUCCUGAAACCCUUUUUGAUAAUGAAGCAAACAUUUCUAUCCCAGUCAAAUAUGAAGUUGGACUGCAAUUUUCCAGCUCUGCAAGUGAAUAUCAUAUUUCAAUUGCGGCCAAUGAGACAGUCCCUGAAGUUAUUAAUUCUACUGAGGACUUCGGAAAUGAAAUUAACCUAUUCUACUUGAUUAGAAAAAGCGGACAUUUUCCUAUGCCAAAAUUUAAGCUGUCAAUUUCAUUCCCCAAUUUGACAUCAGAUGCUUUUCCUGUGCUGUACCCAACUGGAUGGUCAUCUUCCAAUAAUGCAAACUGUGGACCCAGUAGCCUUCAGGAUCCUUUUGGUAUCAACUCUGGGAAGAAAAUAAUUAUAUCCAAAUCUGAGGAUCUCAAACGAGGCACAAUUCCGGACUGCAGUACAUGUAAAUUUGCUACUAUCACAUGUAAUCUGAAUCCUUCUGACGUGAGCCAAGUGAAUGUUUCACUUAUUUUAUGGAAACCAACUUUUAUAAAAACACGUUUUUCCAGCUUAAAUCUUACUAUAAGGGCAGAACUUCAGAGUGAAAAUGCGUCACUGGUUUUAAGUAGUAGCAAUCAAAAAAGAGAGCUUGCCAUUCAAAUAUCCAAAGAUGGUCUACCAGGCAGAGUGCCAUUAUGGGUUAUCCUGUUGAGUGCUUUUGCUGGUUUAUUGCUGCUAAUGCUACUCAUAUUAGCACUGUGGAAGAUUGGAUUCUUCAAAAGACCACUGAAAAAGAAAAUGGAGAAAUGAAAUAUUUUACAAGGGAAAAAAAUAACAAUUAUCCAAUGAUCUAUCCUCAGGUUUGCCUCAAAUAUGUGACAAGAAAUAUAUAAAUAUAAUUAAAAACCUAGUCACAUAAUUAUGUAAUCAUCAGGGAUUAAUCACUUGGAAAAUGACAGAUCAAGCAUGAUCUGAAAACAAUGGCAUAAAUAUAUAUUUUAUAAAAUGAUGAAACAUUUUAAAAUACUCAUUUUUUGAGUAUUUAAGCAAAAUUACAAUGCUAUGAAGAAGAAAAAUCUGUAAAAAUAUGUUCAUAUAUUAAGACACCAUUCUAAGUAUUUAAGGAACACAUCAAAAGAAGAUUUUUAUGGUCAUUGAACAUUUACUUUCAAAACAGUAUAAAUUAAACUUUUCCCCCUUGAUUUCUGAUGAAUAUCCAUAUUCAAUAUGAUGGACAGCAUUUGUAAAUGCCAAGAAAGGAAUUACCUGAAAAAGAUAACUUCCCUGAUUCAACUGAUGAAAAUUUCUGGUUGUAGAGUCCUUAUACAAUAUGGACUGAAAAUAGGAUUAUAUUACAGAGAA